ACUUUCUUUCUCUCAAACUCUUUCUUUUUGUUCCAGUAAUUUUCUACAAUUUGCAUUGCCUGCAGCGUUAACGGUGAUCCACUUACAGCAUCCACAGAAUAGGUGUGGACACUCAGCGGUGGACGCUCAGCCUGACUUUGAGAGUCAGUCUCAGGCUGUGUGUGUGUUUGUGUGUGUCAGACAGCAGGCAAGACUGCUUGAGCCCAUGGACAUGGAAUUAAACUUCAUAAGGAUUUUACUCUCAAGAAAACUGUGUGAAUCACUCCAAAGAGCAGGAAACAGUGGCAAAGCUGUUUGAAAGAAGAUUAUCCAUUCUCCACUGAUGUUUUACCGCCACUCCCGGAGGUCCCUGUCGGAGGGGCGGUCCUAAGCCAGGUGGGUGGUCCCAUCAGAAACUCUGCUCUGAGAUAUUGCUCCUCACGCAGCAUGGACUCCACGCAUUGCAACGACCGGCCAGUGAGUUACGGCUCCACAUCUUCAUCCGCCUCCUCCCGUGACAGUCACUGCUCGCUGGGGGGACGGCCGGUAUUAGGCUCCGCCCCUGAGCGGGAUCAUGAUUCCGGAGCCAUCCGACUGGAGCUGGUACCUGCCCAGCAGCUAGAGGAGGAGGAGACGGGAAGACAAACACCUACACCGACCAGUCAGAGCGAUGCAGAUAUACAGUCACCUGAAGGACGGAAAGUCCAGUAUGUGGACCGAGUGGUGGAGGAAAUUCUUGAAACGGAAAAAACCUACGUUCAGGACCUUCGCAGUAUAGUCCAGGAUUACCUGGAGUGCAUCAGCAAUCAGUCUCUUCUGCUGUUGGGAGAUGAAGAGAGGAAUUCUUUAUUUGGAAAUAUCCGUGAGAUUUACCAUUUUAACAGUGAUCUGCUUCAUGACCUGGAGAAGUGUAACGCCAACCCAGUUGCUAUUGCAAAGUGUUUUGUAGCCAAGAGUGAAGACUUCCACAUAUACACGCAGUACUGCACAAAUUAUCCAAGGUCCGUUGCUGUCUUAACAGAGUGCAUGCGGAACAAAACAGUGGCAAAGUUUCUGCGAGAGCGCCAGGAAAGUCUUAAACACUCCCUUCCUCUCGGCUCCUACCUGCUUAAACCUGUCCAGAGGAUCCUAAAGUAUCAUCUACUACUGCAUGAGAUCGCCACUCAUCUGGAAAAGGAUUCAGAGAUGUACGACGUAAUCCAGGAAGCCAUCGACACCAUGCAGAGGGUUGCCUGGCACAUCAAUGACAUGAAGAGAAAACACGAGCAUGCAGUGAGACUGCAGGAAAUUCAGAGCUUGCUGACUAAUUGGAAGGGGCCUGAUCUGAUUGGCUACGGUGAGCUGGUUCUUGAGGGAACAUUCCGUAUCCAGAGAGCGAAAAAUGAACGAACACUCUUCCUUUUCGACAAACUUUUGCUGAUCACCAAGAAACGCGAGGAGACUUACACCUACAAAGCCCAUAUCCUGUGCUGUAAUCUAAUGUUGGUAGAAGUCAUUCCUAAGGAACCUCUAAGCUUCAGCGUGUUUCAUUACAAGAACCCCAAACUUCAACACACUGUGCAGGCGAAGUCUCAACAGGACAAGAAAAUGUGGGUCCUGCAUCUAAAACGGCUGAUCCUUGAAAAUCAUCCUGCCAAAAUACCGGCCAAGGCUAAGCAGGCCAUUCUGGAGAUGGAUACCGCAAACCACCCAAGUUUUAACUACAACUCUGAUGACAAGAAAGUGAACACUAAAGAAGGUCCUUCGCCCCGGAGAGUACGCAGGAAGACAGAGCCCUUAUCUAAGUUAUUGAAAAACUCCAAACACAUAAUAUCCAGUCCAGAUAUUCCAAAGCGUUCUAGUUUGGGAGUUACUCUGCUGUCACCUGUUGCCCAUUUGGGUACUAUUGGCCGAUCCCGUAGCCUUGUCAGCGAAUCACAGGAAUCUCUGGACCCUGGUGACCACAGUGACAUUGACGACGAGCCACAUCCACAGGAUGCUGAUGAUGAAGACGAUACUGGUUUGAGCUCUGGGGGCAAGCUGAGAGUACCAGGGAAGGGUAGCCGGAAAAGACUGAACCAGCAAGUAUCGGUGGACAGUAUUGACCAGUGGAGAAACCACAACCUUACUCAUACAGAUCUCCAGACUGCUAAAGAGUCCCUGCAAAAUAAGGUCAUCACCCCUCCUAUCCUACGGGUUACAGCACCUCCAGAAGGAGACAGAGAUGAACGCUGCUCUAAUAUGCUGGGAACAGGAGAGACACCUUCCUUCCGCAACAUAUGGACAGACCAUCGAGUCCGGAGGGCUAUGUUUCCAACUCGUCAAAAGAGUUUUCAAAUCGAUGAUGACGAAGACAUCUAUCAGAUGUUCGUGCCAACGGAGAAUGAUGUAAGCAGCCAUGAUGCCGAGAGUGACCAUGAAACUGCUGACCAUCCAGAAAGACCCUGUAGCUGGCAUGUUGAACAAACUCAAACAUCACGGCUAGACCUCCCCACAAGCAGGAACAGAGUACUUCGCAGGGCUAGCAGUGUUGGAGAAAACCAAACUGAGCGACAAAGCCCUACUAAGCGAGCCUUACAAGAGGAAGAGACCAACAACCAGACUGAGUCUUCAAGCAAUGAAAUCUCAGGGUCAUCUUCUGCUGAGCAGUUAACAAUUGAUGAUAUCGAGAAUGUUUAUGACAACAUUAGUUACGAGGAGCUUCAGGCCAUGGGGCUUAUCCGCAAGGAUCAAGUUGAGGCAGCAGAGGUCAAAUCUAGGAUACCACCACAAGUUAUAAUAACUCCAACUGAAACCGAGAGUUCAUGCGAGAGCAAUAGGUCUUCUGGUCAAGGAGGAGAGCCGCUUGAGACAUGUGAACUGCAAAUUGUUGAGGAUGAGGAGAAUGUCUACGACACCAUUGUCUUCCAGGAGCACCCAGUCCUUGCAGUUGAGAGGGAUCAGGGAAAACCAGACAGAUUGCAGACAUCUGAAGUAGACCUCAUGGCUACAAAUAAGACAGAGGUUGAAAAGCCCCGCAUUCCCUCUGUUGCAGUGUCAGACACUGAAUCAUCUCCGCUUUCCACAGCUGAUCAUACAUUAGAGCAAGUGGAUGAGAUCUGGACAGAUCUGGAAAACUACAUCCGGAACAAUGAAAAGAAGCCUGACAGACUUCCAGCUGCAUUUCCCGUAAGUGGAACAGACGCCGCAUGUAAAAUGCAGGACUCUCCCAAAAAAUCACAUGAUACCCCGCACAAAGCACAAGACUCUCCACGAAAAGCACAUAACUCCCCAAGUAAAGGGAAUAGGGUGCAACAAAGAGCUAGUGAUACCCAAUGCAAAGCACAAGAAUCUCCAAGUAAGAAAGCCAAUUCUGCACCACAGUCAAAUGAUUCUCCAUGCAAAUUACCUUUAAAUACGGUCCCUGUCGUUUGUGCUGCAUCUGGGUCACCCAACCCACCACCCUAUAACCCCCCUCCAGCUUUCCAGAUCCCCAUCCUCAACAUUCCAGAAAUUGUAGAAACCAGGUUGGAUGAGAAAGACAAGGCGUCUUCUCCUGUAGCACCUUCCAUUCCACUCCCUCCUACCCCUGAGCCUCAACCUGGUACAGUGAAGAGCAUUCGCAAUAAACUUGCAAGAUUAAGCAGCGGAAGCUUCAGGAUGGACGAUGAGGAUAUCCCUUCACCAAAGGACUCAGAACUUCAGACCCUGUUUAGCAGCAUGGACUCAGGCUCCUCUAAUAUGCUGCUGAGUGUGGAAACUGGGGACCAGUUUCUUGAGCUUGGGGAGAGGGGCAAGAACAGAGUGUUCCUCAUGGCUAGACAGUACAGUCAGAAGAUCAAAAAGGCCAACCAGUUAUUGAAGAUGAAGAGCAUGGACCAUGAACCCAGUUGUGCUAAGCUCAGGCUAAGCAAACAGAAAGACCUGGCAGCCAUACUGGAGGAGAAGAAACAAGGUGGCAGUGCAAUAGGUGCAAGAAUAGCAGAGUAUUCUCAUCUGUAUGAACAUGUGGUUUUCAAAGGUUCUCCAAACACUCCUCCAAUGCUAAAGUCAUCUAUCAGUAUUGCUGGCCCCCAUCCACUUUUCCCAUGCACCACAUCCUCCCCUUCCCUAUCUGAGAGCUCUACCCAAGAGUCUGACUGGUUGAACUGCACGUACAGUAAUGGAGAACUUGCUGAUUUUGUGUCUUGGCCAGCAGAAACAACAGUAUGCACUUCAACCCCACAGAGAGGACUGGCAUCUGCAAGUUCUACUCCUGCUUUGAAGAACCUCCCUUCUACUCCGAGUUCUCCACCCAAUCAGCGUUGGAGUGCUUGUGUGACACCACUUAAAGAUGACUCUGAUCACAUUUAUUCUUCAAUUGGACCACGGAACACCAAGGCUUCACCCUAUAAUCGCUGCCAGUCCUCAUCUUCACUGGUAGACCAGACCGGAAAAGAGAAUGGCAGGGGUCCAAGUAAUCAGGUGUGGGAGAUGGAAGGAAACGAAUCAAGGACACACGUGCUGCGGCAGCGCAGCCUCCCAGAUUGCCCCGUCCAGGGAUCUUCAGACCUCUCAGCGCCAUGUGAUAUCACACUGCGGGACUCUCAGCAAAUACUGGUGCUCAACAAAAACGUGCCGCUGAAUGCACAGAGCGCCACUGAGAAUUAUCUGGCCAACUUUAAAGACACUGGAGAUGAUGACGACGACUAUGUAGAGAUCCGUUCUGAAGAUGAGGGUGAAGAGCGGAAGCAGGAAACGGCUCAGCCGCACAGUCUGUCGGGAACUACAGUACAGUACUACAACCCGCCUCAAGGCAGCAUGCAAACCCUCAUAAAAGGACAGCAGGUUUCCACUAAUCCUGAGAUGGCUCUGCAGGGAUACUUGUGGAAUGAUCCGGACUGCAGCCAGCAAGGUGUGAAUCAGCCCACUAUUGUCCAGUCACUGAGGGACAAAUUCCAGUGUCUCAGCUCAAGCAGUUUUGCAUAGGAAGCAAGAAACAUGGACGACAUGCAACAUACUUAGUACACAGGACGAAGUGAGACACAGCAGACUUAAACUUCCACAUGGAAUAUGUUACACAACUUAAAGACACAACACAAAGCACAAAACAUACAUUGUAACUCUAAUGCUAAAUGCACUCAACAACAAACGAUUUGUAAAUUAUGGAUUCAGCAUUACUCAUCUCUACACUUGAAUUCAAUUAAACACGGUAGUUAUAGAGCUAAGCAGAACACUGUACACAACGUCUUUCAAAUGUUUUCUCUUAUCUCUCUUUUUCUUAAUAUGAAGAGCCAAUAAUUAUAUCACGUGACAUUUAAAUGUACAUGUCAGAUCAUAAUUCUAAGUUUUAAGAAAAGAAAUGAAAGAAACACAUUGGCUACAUGGGCUUGAAUCAAGGCACAAGUUAAACUUAUUUCUCUCUAAAACCUACAAUAUUUUUAAACUACUGGUUAUAAUAUUCUAGUACAUGUAUAUAAAUGUUGCCGUACAAGCUUUAAGAUAAGCCACUUAAGGCGCACAUGACUGGUGAAUCUAAUUAAAUUACCUGACAUAAUUUCUGUGUAAACAUUCUGACAGUUCCUUAAGCCAGUAAUUAAAUAUUUUCCUUUUAAUUGUGUAGACGUUAGUAAAUUUGGUUGUGUAGGUGGCUGCAUCUACAGGAAACUAUGCUAACAUCAGCCAGUGACCAUUCAGUGUGUAAUUUGUAAUAUUUGCAUGCCAUACUUUUUCAAGGCCAAGAACACAUAGAAUCCAUAUAUAUUUUACUAUGCUGUAAAUUAGGUAUAGAUAUAGAUUUAUCAGACUGGAAAGUCAUAAGUAUAUUUAAAAAUGUGAUCAGGUUUUGCUAAAAUCAUAGUUACAAUCAACCAUGCCUCAGACAUAAGCGUAUUGUCAGUAAUUAUGGCAUAAAAUGACUAUACUGCUUUUAGAUUUAUUUUUUGCUAGCAUCACGUCAAAACCACCACUAGUAAAUGAGACAGGACAAUAUCAUUUAUAGUGUGUUAAUUUUAGGUUAAUCUGAUUGUGUUCAGGGACCAUGAUGGAGAAUGAGGAGGAUGGUGUGUCAAAAAUGUACUGUAAUUAGAUGUAAAUUUGAGUUCAGUACUGUGUUGUCUGAUCAUUUCAUUGUUUAGUGUUUAAAAUAUUCAGCAUUGGCUGUCCCCACCUUGUAUCUGUCUUCAAACUACACACUGGUUGGCUUACACACUGUCUGUCAUCCCAAAGAUUUAGCUACUUUUAUUAGUGAUUUUCACAGCACAUUUCAGUUUGUUUUUCUUAUUUAUUUUCUUUUGGGAAAAUGUUAUUUUCUUCCCCCCCAAUUUUCAGAUGUGUUUCAAUUUGAUGAAACAGUAAUUAUUAUAUGUUUCGACUGGUUGUUCAGCUGGUAUAGUUUAAA